UAAAGCUUUGAUAGUGGAAAGUUAUGACAGAAUCCACCGAAGCAAUUUAGUUGGUAUGGGUAUAAUACCAUUCCAGUAUUUAGAUGGUCAGAACGCCUCGAGUCUUGGGUUGACUGGCAAAGAGACUAUCACAAUCGAUCUACCGCAAAAUCUACAGCCUGGUCAAACUGUUGAUGUUAAGUUGAGUGGUGAUCGGACAUUCCAAGUGAAGACACGUUUCGACACUGAAGUGGAAUUAGUAUACUUUAGAAAUGGAGGCAUCCUCAACUAUAUGGUUCGAAAAAUCCUAAAUGCCUCCUAGACGUUAACGGUGCUAAAUCAAAAAUAGGCUAGAUGAUUCCUAGUAAUUACAAUCCUAAUAAAAAGUGGUGAAAUUGUGUCAUAUUUUCCAUUACUCUUUUAAUUGU